AUGAACAUUGGACCACCGCUACAGGCCAAUGACAUAAAUAACGGCAGCAACAACAGCAAAGAAAUCGAGGCCGCGUCGCAGCAGCUAACGCGGAAGCAGGCCGGAGCUGUCGGCGCGACGACAUCCGCAGUUCGCGGAAUUCUGCUGCAGCCGCUGUACCUGUGGUACCGCACGCCGCUAAAACUGUUCAGGCCGCUGCGCGUUGACUAUCUGGCCACUGCUCGUGCGCUGCUGCCCCAAGAGGUCCUAUCGCGGCGAGUGAGCCUACGGGGCUCGACUUUGGGCAUGAUUGCAAACGCUGUCAAGCAGCGCGGGUGGUCGUUUUUGCCCCGCUACGUGAUUCAGCCAAUGCUCGCUAACUGGAUCGUCGGAUUUACUCUUUUUACGACAUACACUGCCACGCUACCUGCCGCUUACGCGCGGGCGUCUAGGCAGUAUUCCAUCAGCAGCAGCGAGCCCCUGCCAUGGCAUCCGCCGUUUAUUGCUGGUGCUAUAGCUGGGCUUGCGCAAUCGGUUGUGGCCACGCCACUAGAUUCGCUCCGCAUACGCUUUGAGGUUGAGGACAUGGUCAAUGGUCGCUACCACAGUUGGUGGGGAUUUGUCAAGAACCAGCUAUCUGACGCCGGAUGGAAAGGGCUGUAUCGCGGCCUGAAGCUCACUAUGGCCAAGGACGUUGCCGGAUAUGCUGGUUUCUUUGGCCUAUUUGAGUUGAUCAAAAACGAGACUAUCGACCUGUAUCGUGACUUGGUGCAGGUUGCGUGCACCGCGGAUAUAAUAAAGUCCAACGCUGAUAUAAGCCGCCUAACCAGGGCACGGGUGGCAGAGCUGCGUGGUUUGCUGGAUCGGGAGCCAGAGCGCAUUGAGGGCCAGGGCUGGAUAAUCCGCAACCACAUCGUCGUGCUACCUGUCUUGCUGCUGCCGCCAGUACUUGGAAAGCCGGCCUGCAUUUUGUUUGCGGGUGCCAUUGCUGCUGUGGCCUAUCAGGCUGUUGACUACCCGCUCGAGCAGUUCCGCGCGCUGCUGUACUCAGAGGUUGCCAGCGGAGAGGUGAUGCAGCAAACAGUUGCGCGGCGCUUUCCCUACAAUAACACCGGCAGCAAUGUCAUUGAAAAGGCGCUUCCCAAUACACGGCCGCAGGGACGGAUUCUAGCUCAGGUCACUCCGUACAGAGCAGCAUGGAAGUCGCUGGUCGACACUGCAGUCCGCGAGUACCCGCACCCAGUGCAAAGCGGUAUUUAUAAGACCAUUUUGGCUAUGCGUUAUUUGUACCGCGGCUGGCUUGGUGUCUCGCUGCGCUCAAUUCCAGCUGCAUCCGCGGGCCUUGUUAUAUACGAGAUGCUCAAAAGCUCUCUGUGA